UCGAUCAGUAGCGCAUUUCACAACACGGAAGCAGAUAUCGACUAUGUUUAUUUUCAAUUCUUCUAGAACAGUGUUACAAAGAUGUUGUGAAUAUUCAGUGUAACGUUAGUUAUGAGGCUUCAAACACAAAACUAACAAUCGAAAACAUAAGGUGAUGCUCUAAAGAAAGUAAAUUAUGAACUCUGAACUUUGACCAUCAUCAUGACAGAAUUAAAACCAUGUAAAGUGUGUAACGUCAGCCGACUGAAGUAUUACGGACUGGCCGUGACCUCUCUUUAUCAACUCAGAAUUAAAGGUGCUGAGGCUCUAGACUUUUGUCCCAGUGCAUCAGUCUCAGUGGUGCUGGAAGAAGAUGGGACAGUUAUUGAAGAUGAGGCUUACUUUCUGUGUCUGCCAGCAAAUACCAAAUUCAUGUUGUUAGAUGCCAACGAAAUAUGGGUGCAUUCUCAUCAAAUUGCUGGUGGGACAGCCCAGUCUUGUAGAGACUCUAUGGAAGUAGAUGGAGGGUUUGACUCUUGGCAUGGUUUGGCAGAGCAGCUGAGGCAGGACCUGGCCAGUAUUAUCCUCAUGUCUGAGGCAGAUCUACAGAGUUUGAUAGAUGUGCCAUGCUCUGAUCUGGCUUCAGCGUUGGACUUCUCACAGCAGAAAACCCACGUCCUACAGGACACACUGCAAAGAACACUAGACCGUAGAGAAGAAGAGAGGCAGUCCAAAGACUUAUUGAGGCUCUAUUUGAAAGCCAUGGAGCGAGAAGGCACCUUGGACCCACAGGAAGAAAGUGCUAACCUAGAUGAGACAGAUGGGGUGCAGGUGGAGGCCGCAGCAGGGUUCAGCUCCACCACACUAAUGGUUCUGAGGGACAAAAGAUACCCAGAGACCAGACUGUCCAACCAAGAGCUGCAGAUGGUGGUGAGGCAGGGAGCGAAGGUAAUGAUGGAGGUGCUGGUCUGGGACAGUGAAAGGACAUCAGCGCUGGUCCAGGCAUGUGACAAUGAGCUCAGUAAACGCCUACAGCGAGUUCAAGCCCUGCAAUCCCUCAGCACUCAUAACCAGUCCGUUCCACAAGCACACGUUGAGAGAGAAACAAGAGCCAAACGCUGCAAAAAACACUGACAGCAAACAUGUUAAGCAUUUCAUUCUAUACUGUCCAGUCUUAAGUUUAGAAUGAGGUUUUAUUUUUUUUUGGAUAGUGAUUUUUGGAAAAUAUUAUAAUACAGAAUGACAAAAGGCAAUUAUUGGGAUGGAUUUGAUUGUAUUUAAAGGGAUUGAUCACCCAAAAAUGAAAAUGACCUCAUCAUUUACUCUCCCUCGUGUGGUUUUAAACAUUUAUGAGUUUCUUUCUUCUGUUGAACACAAAAAGAAGAUAUUUUGAAGAAUGUUGGUUGCUGGCACUUCCAUAGUAGGGGGAAA